AUGAAACAGGGUCUGAUUACUGUCAAACGAUCAGACUCACUGGACGCUGCACUCAAGGUACUAUCGACCAAUGACAUAUCUUCAUGUCCAGUGAUCGAUCCAAAGCUGGGCUGCAUGGGCCUCGUCGACAUGUUUGACAUUGUCGACUAUCUCUUAUCGAUGGUACUCAAACAAUCGGAGCACACUGGUGGCAAGACCAUGGGCCUGAGCUUCUACAAACUCAAUCUGGACCCUGUGUCUGUCGUCAUCAAUCAAGCCAACGACGUCGAGACCAUGUGUCCCGUGGUCACCGAGUCGGACAAUGUCUACAGUCUGAUACAGCUCUUCACGAUUGGAUGUCAUCGCGUGCCCGUCUAUGCAUCGACUGACGCCGCCGCCAGAGGCGUACCACGACUGAGUAGGAUCAUCAGCCAGACUGACCUGGCGGUUUGGCUGUGGCAGGAUGCCAGGAUCAAAGAACGCAUUGCCAAAUGUCCAUAUCUGGCUGGCAACAUCCAGAAUCCGAAUCCCAAGAGUGUCAGCCAGUCCACACCAACAGUCGAAGUGAUGAAACUACUUCACGAGAACAAGAUCAGCUCAGUGGCCGUCGUAGACGACAAGGGUAAACUAAAGAAUGAGAUAAGUACUGAUAGUUGGAAGGGAAUGAAUGAGAAGAACAUUGAUACUAUAUUGGAUGAUGUAAAGGGAUUCUUAAAGAGCAAGGCAAAGAGGGAGAAGGAUGGGAAGAAGCGUAAACUAUUCACUUGCUCACCGGAUACACCGAUACAAGAGGUGUGGCAGACGAUUGUGACCAAUAGAUAUCAUCGUGUUUGGGUGGUCAGUGAUGGAAACAAGUUGGUUGGAGUGAUCAGUCUCGUGGACCUACUGAAAGCACUAGUAAUGUUAAUAGGUAAUGACAUUAACAACGUUCGUGACAUUGGUGGCGAGCAACAACUGUGA